AUGAGGGUGUGCCUGACAGCCGAGUACGACACCAUCAUGCAGUACUCUGCUGAGGUGUACCCAACUGUUCUCAGAGGUCGCGGCUUGGCGUUACUACGCUUUGCCGGCACCCUCAGUCUCUACGUUAGCCCACCUAUCGUCUACUUGUCUCGCCUGGACCCCACAUACCCAAUGCUCAUCACUGGCGUCAUGUCUCUGGUUUUGAGUAUCCUCUCCUUGUUCCUACCUGAAACCAAAGGCAAGCACAUGCCUCAGACGCUGCAAGACGGAGAGCUUUUUGGAGCAGACCAGCGUAUCUUGGAUUUUCCUUGCCUCGGUGACAAAGGCGAGCCAACGCGUUGUGAUUCACCCAAUGCAUCUGCUGCAGUGAGCUGCUAGGCAUCGUCGAUCUACAAUUUUAAUCUACAAAUGCUCGGCACAAUCAGCAUCAGACUGGGUCAUUAGCAGGUUUAGUUUUGUUGUUGUGAGGAAAACACUCAAAGGUCAGAAAAAGUAGCUUAUUUCAUAAUUUUUUAUGAAACUCGCGGUCGUUUCAUAUUGUUGAUUACAUUCACAAUUCAACUAUGAGCUAGCGAGUGAUGCCUUGGUAUUUUUUUUAUGUCCAGCAACAAUUGUACAUUUUCUACCAGGUAAGAUGGUGCGUAAGUGUGUCUGUAAUAUUUCUCUUUGACUUGUAAUAUUGUAGUCAACAGUUUUUCAGGAUGUUCUCUCUGAGAUUGAGUUGAAUGCUUCUGCAGCCUGCAUUCUACCUGGAACUACUGAUAUAUGUGACCAUAUUGUUUUGUUGUUUUACUGGCCACAAGCACACAUUGCAUUAUAGGAUGUCUUUCACAGAAUCCAUUGCCCAUCCUUAUAUAUGACUUCUUACGCUAUGAAAUGUGAUUUAGUGAACAGAACUUGCAUAUGUAUGCUACUUCGUGCAAGGUUAGCCCAAAGUACAGACAAACAUUUAGUGUAUAUUGUAGAAAGUUACUUGCAAAUCAUUGCUGAAGAAGCCUUAUAUUUGGUCUAUUGACAAAGUGAUGAAAGCUUUAUUAGCUUUGUAGGAACGGAAGUGCCUUAUAAAAGAGCUUUUUUUUUGCCUACUACGAAGUGGUUGUAAUCACCAGGGGCAUAGACACAUAAUUUGUAGUUGGUAAGUAAAAAUGGACCCUAUAAGCUUUGAUUACAAUAUUUUAGUGUUCACUUUAAAAAAGACACUUAUUAAGGAAGCAUGUACUUAAGAAAGUACUUUUGCAAAUUCUAUACCGGUAAAAAUGUGUGCUUACCACAAUCCUGUAGGAUGGCGCUUGCUUAGUCACAGCACAGUCAGCUGUGAGAUGGGAGCCUUGAAUUUGCGCAUAUUUCUUCGUAAUGGCUAGUUGCAAUUUGUACAAUGUAAUCUUUUACAUUAACUUAUUGAUCAUGCAUUUAUAUAAUGUCAGUGUUGUACUUUAUGCCAAAGGCUCACGCUGUAGUGCAAGUGACCAAAAGUGUCUACCGAUUUUUGGUGGUCUUGUCUGUCAUUACUAUUGUCAGAUAAUAUAACGUAGGAAGCCUUGCCGUAACUUACCUGUCUUGGUCAUGCCCAGUUGCCACAAUCGGUUCACAAUGUACCAGUGCCACAGUUCAUGAAGGGGCAAGUAAGCAGGCAGUAACGCCACCUUUGCAACUCGUCUUCACACAUUCACAUUUACUGGCUUGAGACAAUGUAAUAUCCAUCUUUGCUUUUCAUGCGCAAUGACUGUGCACGUAAUACCGAGUGUAUGACACGCAACAUGUGGGGAUCAUGGGUCAGGUUUAGCUCUGGUAGUUGCGUUGUCUUCAGCGCGU